AACCCUUUUUUUCCUCCCUCUUUCUAUCUCUCCUCUCCCUCUUUCUUUAGGUGAACGAUUCCUUUAUUAACUACCCUGAAUAAUAAACCCUAGAAAGUUCCCCCUUUUCUAAUUGAAUUGAUUAUAAUCUUGGGUUUUGGGAUUUAAAGUCUUGAUCUGCUCUCUAUUCACCUGUGUCAAGUUCAGAAAAUUUUGGGGUUUGAGAUUUGUGUAUUUUUUUUCACUGAGGCAAAACGUCGAACACCUUGUUUGCAUUAUUCUAAUUGAAAUUGGCUGGAAGUGGGUUCUAUUUGAUUGGAGAUUUGUCUGAUUUAGUAUCCAAUUGCACAGAUUAUUCAGUGUAAAGUUGAAAAUUCAAGCCCCUUGUGCUCGGAAUAUUUGUGAGAGAAUUUGUUCUAAUUCGAUUUCAGCAGAUAGAGUUUAAUCUGGAUCCGCACUUUAAACUCUUAAACACCAAUUUUGGGAUUUCCUGUUUUCAGCAAAAUCUGGAUUCUGUGUAUUGAUAAAUUGAUUUGUUUUCGAGUUUAAGGCGAACGAGGUUGAGCAUUUUGAUCAAUAGGGUAUGAUUGGUAUUGUGGAGCUCUGAUCUGAGUCUGUUUAUUAUGAUGAUGGAUGAAAUUCAAGGUGGUUCAAAUGCUUUGCCUCCUUUCCUUACAAAGACUUAUGAGAUGGUGGAUGAUCCCACCUCUGACUCCAUUGUUUCGUGGAGUUCGAGUAAUAAGAGCUUUAUUGUGUGGAACCCCCCUGAAUUCUCCAGGGUUUUGUUGCCCAGGUUCUUCAAACACAACAAUUUCUCAAGCUUCAUUAGACAAUUGAACACUUAUGGUUUCAGGAAGGUGGAUCCUGAGCAAUGGGAGUUUGCCAAUGAUGAUUUUAUAAGAGGGCAAUCUCACCUUCUGAAAAAUAUACACAGGCGCAAGCCCGUUCAUAGUCACUCAUUGACUAAUCUCCAUGGGCAGGUGAAUUCGAAUCCAUUAACUGAUUCCGAAAGGAAGAAAUACAAAGAAGAUAUUGAGCGAUUGAAACAUGAGAGGGAAUUUCUUCUGGCGGAGUCAAAAAGGCAAAGGGAGGAGGAGCAGGGAUUUGAGUCACAGGUGCAGCUUGUGAGGGAGCGCCUGCACGAAAUGGAACAGCGGCAGCAUACCUUUGUUUCUUUCUUUGCUCGGAUAUUGAAGAAACCCGAGCUUGCUUUUGCUGUUCCUCAAGUAGAAAACCAUGAUAGAAAGAGAAGGGUUUCGUCCAGGCAUGACUACAUGCAUGAUGAAACUAGCAAUGAAGAUAGUUUAGGUACACUGAGAAUAUCAAGGAGAGGAAGUCCUGAUGAUGUUUCUGGUUUAGACUUGGACACCGAGCUCUUAGAGAGGAUGGAGUCAUCUUUAAAUUUUUGGGAAAAUGUAGUUGAAGAUCUUGAGGAUGUAUAUGUGCAGAAAAACUCAUCUAUUGAGCUUGCUGAGUCCACUACUUGUGUGGAGAGCCCAGCAAUAUCUUAUACACAGCUCAAUGUUGAUGCUCCAUCUAAUUCAUCAGCGAUUGACAUGAAUUCCGAACCUCCUGCCACAGUCUCUGUAGUUGCAUGUUUACCAAAGGAGCAGGAAGCUGGAACUGCUCCUGCAGCGCCUCAAGGUGUGAAUGAUGUAUUCUGGGAACAGUUUUUGACUGAAAAUCCGGGUUCAUCUGAUGUACAAGAAGUUCAGUCUGAAAGAAAAGAUCCUGGACUGAAAGAGAAAGACAGCAGAUUGAUAGAUCAUGGGAGAUAUUGGCUGGGUUUCAGGAAUGCUAAUAAUCUUCCGGAACACAUAGGGCAACUUACUUCAGCAGGCAGGAGCUGAUACAGGGAUGCUUUCAGAUCAUUUUUGACUUUGAUGGUUUAGAGUUGGAUGUAAAUAUAGGUAAGAUUGUUCAUUAUACUUCUGUGUUAGAAAAAGUUCAUAUUUUGUUGUAAAAUUAUAAUGUUAAGAGAUGUCCAAUUUACACUAACACCUUGUUAAAAUCUAUAAGAUUUCCUCGCAUGCUUAGCUUUGGAACGAGUGUAUUGGCCUCUUUCUUUGGAGUACAGUUAAUGGAGUUUUCCUUGUUA